AUGGCUCCCUUCAGCGUUGAAGACUAUCUGGCCCCCCUCCAGUGUAGCACGGAGACAGCCCAUCAAUUGUCCCAUGAGAUGUACCGGACCUUCCAGCGCUUGUCUGCCGAAUCCCUCGAUCAGUUUCUGCCUACCCCCAUUGCGGAGUCUAUACUGCGGCCUGCAGAUGGCCAGCACACUGGACGGUAUCUUGCCAUAGACAUUGGAGGGACUAACCUUCGCGUCGGGUUCAUUGAACUCCCGGGGAAUGCGGUUAAGCGCAGACUCGUUGCCGAUCAAUCAGAUCCCAACCUUUCUGCCCCAGACACAGGAUCGCCACCUUUUCAAAGGCUUCUCGAGAGGUCAUGGCCGAUUCUGGAACACCUGAAGAGCCAGACUGCUGAAGACCUGUUCAAGUGGAUUGGCACUUGCAUCGUUGAGGUGGUGCAAGCAGGCCGCGAUGCCUUCAACUACUCUCCAGAAGACGAGCUGCCAAUGGGCGUCACCUUCAGCUUCCCGAUGGUACAACAGACACUCUCGGACGCCACACUUAUGACGAUGGGGAAGGGCUUUACAAUGUCGUCCAAAAUGGACCUCGCGACACAUUUGCGCAACGGAUAUAAGGCUUCCGCUCCCGCAGACCUGCCGAGAAUCACAGUGUCAGCUAUUCUGAACGACUCCGUAGCCACUCUUGUCUCAUUCAUACACCAAUCUCAGGAGCAUAAGGCUUUCAAGGCUGCCAUGGGCCUGAUUGUAGGCACAGGCUGCAAUGCCACCAUCCCGCUGCGAGAUGACACACUUCACCCUAGUAAGAAGCCCAGCAAGAUCGGUGUUGCGGCCACAAGCCAAGCGGUUCACGAGAAUAUUGCUGUCAACACGGAAUGGAGCAUCAACGGUACUGCGCCCGCUCUCAGGAAGUUUAAGCUCGUUACGUCCUGGGAUGAACAGCUAGAUGCAGCAGGUGAAGCACCCGGAUUCCAGCCGCUCGAGUACAUGACCGCCGGUCGGUACCUGGGUGAGCUUGGCCGCCUGAUACUGCUCGAGUACAUGAUUGGCCACCUGGGUCAUACUGUCGACCAGAUACCAGCACGUCUUCUGGAGCGCUUCGGCCUGACCACGAAAUUCCUCAGCCACUUCCGACCAGAUCACUCUGACACUGACUUGGUUCAGACGUUGGAAACUGAAUUUCCCAGCAGCACAGCCGCUACUUCAUUUGCCUGGACUGAUGACCUGGCGCAGGUCUUGUAUCGUACAGCCAAGGCCAUCGAGCUGCGAGCUGCGGGCAUCAUUGCCGCUGCCAUCGUUGGCCUGUUAGCAUGCGCAGGUGACAUACCACUCCGGGGGGCACUUGAGAACAAGGUGGCACAACAGCAGAGUACUGAGCACUCGUCUGCUGAGACGAGAAUACUAGGCGUCGGUUAUACGGGCGGCUGUAUAAUGCACUUCCAGGACUACCUGGAGGAUGUCGAACAUUUCCUUGCAACCAUCUUGGAGAGAGAGUUCGGCAAGGACCCUGCUAUCCGCAUAGUGCUCAAGCCGUGCCACGAUGGUGGCAUCACGGGUGCUGGCGUCCUCUGUGCUGCAUCACUGCGAGCAGCGUCUGUUUCUACUGUUGGCUCUGCCACAGCGGUUUGCGCAUAA